GUAUUUGUCUUAUGUCAGAUACUAAACAGAAUCAAGGUUCUAAAAAUCCUCAUCAACUACUUAAUAGCACUGCUUCUUUGCCAUGUAAAAUCCAGUUUGACUUAUGCUAAUGAUAAAAAUAGUGGUUGCCUAUAAAAUUCCUUUUACCCUGGGUAAGAAAGGAGGACCCUAGUUCUUCAUUAAAUGCUGCGACUCUCUUUAAAAACCACAAGCUUUUUAAUGGAAUUGGAAGGAUGAUACUUAUCUCCUGACUGGCAUUGCUGAAUGAGUGUGCUUCACCCCACCUGGCCACUCUCCAGAUUUUAUCUGGGCCUUCAUCACUGUUCAGGUCGUGGCUGAUCACACCGCCCUCUGUACCAGACUGCUGACUGCCCGCCGCCACCUACUCAAGUGUGCCAAGUUUAUCCACUGUUUACACACCAUUCCAUAGCCCUGUAUUUUUACAUACAAAUUUCAGGUUUGAUACCUCUGUUUUCCAUUCUUCCAGCACAGACUCUCCUUGGAGAACACCUGCUAAGUUAACCAUGCGUGUUUACCAUGCAAAGACUGUAUCCUUUGUUUUUUUGCACAGGAUUAAACAACGCUCUGGUCUGUGUUGUAAGAAGCAGCGUUUCAAAAGAACACCCAGCUGCUGGCAACGCAGGCAUCCGCCAGCAAGAUCAAGAGCAUGUGCUAACUGGGAACACCCCAGGGAACGCAUCUGCCACCUGCUACCUUCCGAAGAUCGAUGGUUCCGUGCGAAGGGAGCUAGGCACUUCACAGUCUGUGACGCAAGGACCUGCAGAUGCUCCCAAAAGGAUUCAAAAUAACCCUACUUCAUCUGAAAAGCUUCUGAAAAGACAAUUCCAAGCCUCUGCACAAUCUGCAAAUAGAGAGGGAAUCCACAUCCCACCUCUCACCCAGCCUUCCUCUCCAUUUGUCAACUUGCAUCACGGUCCUUGCAUCCAGGAGAAUGUGAAUUCUGACUCGAGCCAACUGGAUCAGGAAAUAAAGAUGCUGGAAAAACUCAGCAAAAUUUUGCAGACAGAUUCGCUUACUGAGAUCCAAAAGUGGUUUUCAAAGGCAGGUGAAAAAGAGAAAGACCUGCUGUCCAAGAUGAUUUAUUCAGAACCAGCUAACAAAGGCAUGCUGAAUGCUAAGGAAGGUACAGCAGAGAACAUGAAUAGCCUGGGUCUGCCAAACCUUUUCCCUCCUCUUCAGCGAGGUCCGGAAGGGGACAUGAAUCAGUCCAGGUAA